ACAAAGAGUUAACAAAAUGAGCACCCCUCACUAUGUUUCCCUCUUCUCCAUUGCCACAUUCUUUCUCCUCCUCUUCCUCCCCCUCCACGUCACUCCCUUAGAACACGACCCACCUCACGACUUCGUCCACGAGGACCCCCCAUCGAACCCGCGGCUGGAGAAAGCCUACGUGGCGUUACAGGCAUGGAAGCACGUCAUCACCGAAGACCCCACCAACCUGACCAUCCACUGGUGCGGGCCCCACGUCUGCAACUACACCGGCGUCUUUUGCGCGGCGGCGCCGGACGACCCCGACGAGAUCACCGUCGCUGGCAUCGACCUCAACGGCGGUCAGAUCGCCGGGAAACUCCCCGAGGAGCUCGGCCUCCUCGCCGACCUCGCGCUGUUGCACAUCAACUCCAACCGCUUCGCCGGCGGGCUGCCGGACGCCCUGAGAAAGAUGGAGAGGCUGUUCGAGCUCGACGUGAGCAACAAUGAGCUGGAGGGGCCGUUCCCGGCGGUGGUACUCGACCUUCCGGCGCUCAGGUUCCUCGACAUUCGCUUCAACAGGUUCUCCGGCGAGGUUCCCAGCCGAGUCUUCGAUCUUCCCCUCGACGCGCUCUUCCUCAACGACAACGACUUCAGCUUCACCUUCCCUCCCAACCUCGGCAACUCGACUGUCUCCGUCCUCGUCCUCGCCAACACUCGCAUCGCCGGCUGCUUCCCCACCUCCAUCUCCGCCAUGGCCGGCACCCUCACGGAGCUCCUCCUCCUCAACGCCUCCCUCUCCUCCUGCCUCCCCGACGCCAUCGGCGACCUCCUCAACCUCACCGUCCUCGACGUCGGCUUCAACGCCCUGGUCGGCCACCUCCCCGCCUCCCUCGGCCAGCUCAAGAAGCUCGAGCAGCUCGACGUCGCGCACAACAACUUCUCCGGCGAGGUCCCGGCGGCCGUGUGCGAACUGCCCCGACUCAUGAACUUCACCUUCUCCGAUAACUACUUCUGCGGCGAGCCGGAGGUGUGUUCCAAGGUCCAGGACAAGGACGACCGUGAGAACUGCUUGCCGGAGCGGCCGAAGCAGAGACCUGUGGAAGAAUGCGCUGAGUUCUUGGCGAAGCCGCCGCCCGUCUGUGACUCAAAUGGAUGCAUAAAGCCACCGUCUUCGCCGCCGCCCGCAAAGCUCCAUGAGUAAUUGUAAUUUGUAUACGAACAGAGACGCUGUAACAAUCAUAUUAUCAUAAAAUUACAUGGUUUGAGAAUAA